AUAGCGGCCAACUGGACAAGUGUACACCGGCCGCAAUGGGAGUUUUCACAGCUGACCGACCACUGUCCGCCCUAAUUGGCGCUCAUCGAUGGCCGUAAUGGGUUUUUAACGAGCGGGGAGAUCGGAAUCGAAAUAGAGCGGCACACUAGCGGGUUGUAGCUUCUGCGGGCCAGCGACCAGCUGGAGGAGCUAUUUCUUCUCUGCUCCCCCUGCCCAAACUGCUGGGUUAUCGCUUGGGCGAGCGGGACAAACGCCGCGUCAGCUUCUUAUCAGCAAACAGCACGCACACACAGUCGCACAAUCAGUAGCGCAAGCUACACGCACACAGCACUACUGCCCCGCCCCCACUGCCGCUGCCGCCCCCGCUUCGGCCACCCAAAUGAUCUGGGCUUGGGCAAGCGAUUUGUACAUUAGUUUAGUUGCUCACUCUGUGAUUGGGAUGAAGAAGUUUCUAUCGCGGAGAAUGCUUAGCCUGGAUCAAUCCAUGUUGAACGACGAUGACGAGGAGAAUUGCGACACAUAUGCCAGCGGAGGCGGAGGCGUAGGAGGGCAGAACAUGCUGGUUCAGCCGGAGCAACAGCAAAACCAGCCCAUGGCAGAGGCACCAUCAAAACCCCUGGCGCCUUUUGCUCUCUUUUUUCGGGACACCGUAACGGCCAUCAAGCAGCAGAAUCCGUCCUGCUCGUUGGAGCAAAUGCAAGUGAUUGUGCAAACCAUGUGGGAGUCCCUGGACGAGACGCAGAAGAACGUCUAUGCCCUGCGGCACGAGCAGGAGAAGCGCGAGUAUGUGCGUCUGAUGAGGGGCUAUCGCCACCAGCUAUCCGAGUCAGAGGCCACGUCGGAGGCAGACGCCCCACCAGCUGUGGCUCCCAAUCAGUCCGACAUCCAGCCACCUGCUCUAGUCACAACCAAAUUGGAGGCUGUCGAGGAUCUGCCACAGCCGGUGGAUGUCCAGCAGCCGCCGCCCGAUCAGAUACAGCUGCUCACCGAAGCGGCUAGGGUGCAGAAGUGCACCCGGGAGCAGUGCAAUAAGCCGGCCAUCAUAAAUCCGGACUGGGAGGACGAGUACUGCAGCAACGAGUGUGUGGUCAUCCACUGCCGUAAUGUGUUCAACCACUGGGUAAUCUCCAUGAACUCAUAGCUACCACCGGCUAGCCUUAGUCUACAUGUAAGCUCUACUAUUUACACGCCCGCGAUCUACGUGUCGAAUAUUAUCAAGGAUUAUAUGACUGGGAGGCUCCUUAUUAUACGAUAAUUAUUGUAAUCCCAGUUGCGAUUGUAAUUAGCAUCCGUGUGGAGUUUUAAUGAAUGCGAGACGCGCUUUGUAUGAUACUUAAAUUGUAGCGAAUAGCGAAUAGAUAACAUGUAGAACGGAAGAAUAGGAAUUUACAAAGCAUUUGGUAUGAGGCCCACUAUAUUCAUCAGCUGGAUAAUAAUUAUUAAAUAAAUUCAUUUAUGCAUUUAGUUAAUAUUUCAA